CACCAAGGGGGCAUACACAGCGCGAGUAUAUAGGGAAGGUAGCAUUCAAUCAGUCAGCAGUUGUAUCUUCUGCCAGCAGCUUGCUCUACUACACGAUCUGGGUUUAUGGGAACGGACGGCCGUGCUGCUGUUGGGUCCACGGUUAGGUCGUCAAUUGGAAGCUAUGGAGGAGGGUUGAGGAGCAUCAGUCCGGUGCGGUCGCCAUCAACGAGGAUAUUUCAGGAGGGUGCGAAUAGUCGCGUGCGAACAGCGCUACUAGACGGGUUCAGAUCGUACGACAAAGCCGAGCGAACACAAACAUUGGAGCAGUUGACCUCCGUGUUGGAGGAAUGGACGAAGCAGAUCUACACAGGUCGACCUAUUGAUCAACGGGCUGAAUCUCUUGUACCUUCAUUGACAAAGCAGUGUACCACUGACUCCGAUUGGGAUGAAGUGUUUGAUGUCGAGUCGGACGAGGUACCCACUCAGAUACAGACAGGUUUCAUCGAUUCGCCCAUCCACUCGCCACCAAAUGAUUCCAACCCAGUCAGUCCGACAAGUAGCGACCCUCUGACUAGUAACCGACUCGGUCGCACUCGAACUCAAUCAUCAGGUUAUGUUGGACCAUACGGCGUCGACGAACUACUCUUCCCUCAUGGACACAGAAGUAUGUCCUCACUCUCCCUAUCAAGUUUCGAAGAAGAGAUUCUGGGUCGCGAUGUGUUGCAGAAGUAUUUUGUCAGCGUCAUACGCCUGACUGUGGAUUGUCCCUUCCAGGAUGUUCGUCGAGGCUGUCGCAAGUUGCUCAGGAAACUUAGAACUUUGGGUGCCGAUAUUCCUCAACUCACAAGUUUAAGCCCGUCUUUCUUUGUCCCAUACUGGGAGACUGUCGGCUUCGCGACAUCAUCAGAUGAUCGUCGUGGUCGAGCGGACUCGUAUCCGCAGAGUCCGCCUGACUCCAGUUCUCUCAUUUCGUCAAUAUCUGCCCUCACGAGGCGAGAUAAUACCAUAACAGAAGAGCAGCACUUUGAUUUGAGCGAUAUCGGGAGCCCCAGUCCAGUCUUGUCGCCUGAACCUUCGAGGAGCGACGACAUGACCCCCCGCACGAUGAGUCCUCGAGACCUCCAUUUUACCGAGGAUAACCCAUACUUUCCGGCAAUUGAUACCGGUUUUACCCCGCAAUAUCAUUAUACUCAUAAUCCUUGGAUGGAUGAUGGGAGCGAUGUUACGACUCCUACCGUGGCAAUCCCUAUUCUCACGCCAAGGAAUGCGCCGCCAAGGGCCAUGAACAUUGGAAGCGGAAGAGCAGAUCGACCAGAAGACGAAAGUCCCGAUAAUUUACAGCGCCGCACCCGAUUCUCUCUAAAACUGCCAAAGAGCGGCAGGUCGAAGCAACUUUCCACGACACAUUCCUCCUCUGGGACUUCUGCAUCAAGCAAGAGGGCAGCAAAGGGGAGGGGAAAACAUCCUCGACUGGCUAGUGAGAGUUUGCAUGAGUUUCAGUGUAAGAUAUUUGUGGAGUAUGGACGUGUUUCGAAUUAUGCAAAGAUGCUGGGGUACUUUCCCCGGUAUUUAGAGACGAUGUGGGAAACGUUCGGUUGCGUGGUGAAGGAGACUCAAGGACCACUGCCGUUGCUGUACAAGGUAUACAUCGGAAUCUUGGGUGCAGCGCAGCAUCGUUGUCAGUAUUUUACGAGUUUGUUGGCUUCGAUCUUCUUGGGGUCAGGAGGUGAUUCGGAGUGGUUGAAAGGCCUGGAGUAUGCUCCACGAAAGUUUAAGAGGUUGGCGAAGAUCAAUGCGAUCCUGGCUCACCAGCCGUGGAGAUUGAAAGGAGAGCAUGUUACAGAGCUAGUGAAGGUGGAAAAGGCAUCUGAUCGGGAGAGUGCCUGGACGAUGGGUGAGGUGGUACACGCUACUUGCGUCCUGGCGAUGUAUCACGCUCAGUCUAGCUUUGCUCUCGCCGUGGGUCUUUGUCCUGAUGCCGACUGCCUCGGUGGCACAACUACUCAGCGCAGGCCAUCCAUCAUUGCCGCUGAGCAGGAGAUGCUGGAAGAGAGAAAACCGUCUGUGACUCUGGACGGACACAGUUUUACGAACCCUUGGUCGAUGGGGUCUGCUGCGAGUUUCUCGACAGGCAUGGGAGGCAUGAUGAGCGCGUCUUUGCCUAUGUCUUACGUAUCUGCGCCGGCUCCAGCUUCCAUAAUGGGGCCCUAUAACACCUUUCAAGAAGAACCGGAUGCUUUCGAGGCGGACAACGACCGUCAGUCAGUCUUUGGACUGUUGAAGAAGAGGAGAGAAUCGCUUGCGACAUCGGCCGAUGUUGAAGAGUUGGAUUUCGUUUCGGAAUCAAAGAAAAGUUUCGAUCAAUGCGUCAAGCUGGACGAGCCCCUUGAGUUGCCCUUCCAAGGUCGUGCUCCAGCAAGCUUCUUCCUAAGCACCUCUACUCCAAGUCCAGCUGCCGAGUUCCCUCGUGGUGUGCCGGUAAUCACGUCGCCUGGUGUUCCUGAGUUGAGGGCCCCGGCGUCGCAGGCCCAGCCGGCCCUGCUGGAAGACCUCACUCGGUUCUGGGAUAAAUCGGUGCAAAUUGGCCACGACGACUUCAAGAUGGAUGAUCCGGACUAUGAAGUCUUGCAACUCGGUUAUCACCGUGAGACUACAAGUGCUAUCAUUGAUCGUUACCUUCCUGGUAUUGACGAAAAGGUAGACAGGAGGUUUGAAGAGGCGAUUGAUGCAUCUGGAGAUGGUGAUGAGGAAUAUUUCGUCCCGAAUGAAGGCUCACAAUCGUCCAUCGACACAAGGCCUCUGCGUGAAGCGAUCUAUUAUUACGCACUCCGCCUGUUAGGCGUCUUUAAGGAGGACUUCGAUUACCGGGACUGUAAUCUUCUCCUCAAUACCCGCGCCAAGCGGUUCAUAGCUAGGAUCGUUACUCAGCCUGAGGGGAUUUGUCUGGCCGACUGGAAGGGCAUUGCACAUGGCCUAGCAUCCCAUGAAAAGACGUUGCUUGCACUGAUUGCUUCUGAGGCUAAAUUGACGGCCAACUUGGUCUAUGCCAUGCGGGCAGUGGAUGUGUCUCUUGGAGAAACUUGAAUUGGGGGAUUUUUUAGGCGUUAUUUAUUGGAGUGGAACAGUGGGACAGCAGCUAUCGGAGUUGAAUUACACAAGCAUUUUACCUGCUAUUUAUACCCCAGU